AUGAAGGUUGGCACACUCGUUACGACGCUGGCCUUGUUGACGGCUUCCACGUAUGGCUACUCGUUCUCGGACGUCGCGAAGAAGGAGGAGGACACAACCACCGUGGAGAGCACGGGGUUGACCACCAAUGAAGAGAGCCGCAUCUACGGCGGCUCGGAGGCCGACGUCGACAAGUACCCGUACCUUGCCAGCAUCCGCAUUGCGCUUCUGGAUAUGAACAUUUGCGGCGGCACACUGAUCGCGCCGGAGUACAUCCUUACGGCUGGCCACUGCAUCAAGACGGACGAGAUGGACAUGACCGCCACCUUCGGCACGAAUUCAAGCAGUGGCGCCGGCGAUUUGACGGUUCCGAUUGUUGAGGGCUUCCGUCACCCGCUGUACAACAAAACGAAGCACCUGUACGACGUGGGUCUGCUCAAGCUGGAGAAGCCCGUUAAGCGCAAAAUGGCCAAGCUGUGCGCUGAGGACGGCUCCGACAACAAGGUCGGUACUAUGGGCACUGUCCUUGGCUGGGGGAGGACGGAGACUAGCGGGUCACUCGGCAGCCCCAUGCUGAUGCAGCUUACCACCCCCGUCAUCUCGAACGCCGAGUGCGGCAAGUUUGAGAAGUACGUCGGUCGUGUCACUGAGGGCAUGCUGUGCGCUGGCACCGGCGAGGGCGAGGACACGUGCAACGGCGACUCGGGCGGCCCGCUCAUCGUCGACGACGACAUCAUCAUCGGCUGUGUGAGCUGGGGCAGCAAGUGCGGUGAGCAGGCCGGCAUCUACACUCGCCUGACGUAC